CAACAAUACGGUGACUCACCCAUUUCCCAGUCAGCGAGUGAGGGUCCUGAAUGAAGUUUAACUUCAAGUAGAGGCCAGAGUUAUGCAUCACUAAGUAGACGGGGUUAAAGUGUGGUCCUGCCAUCACUAACCCAAUCAGCUCCAGUCUACCCUGCAAGAUGGAUUGAGGUUGCAGAUCUCUUCCCAGAACACAAGUUUCUCCUUUGGUUGGUCUGGGCUUCGGCUUUUUCCUUUCUCCUGCAUGAGAUUCCUGGAGAGUAUUUCAGUUUCUUGGAGUCCAUUAUUUCAGGAGUCUAGUAGCCAAAGAGAAAGGCUAUCGUAGAAUAUUGUUUUAAGAUGUGUCACAUUUGCCAGCUGGUCCGUAAGAUCUCGUCCCCUUUGCCACCCCGAGGGGUGCACUACCUGACUGGCCAUGGAUGAUACCCUGCUGCAGUUGAAGCAGCUAGAGAGACUGGCCAAGAAGGCAGAGAAGGACUCCAAGGCUGAGCAGGCCAAAGUGAAGAAGGCCCUUCAGCAGGGAAAUGUGGAGUGUGCCCGCGGGUAUGCUGAAAACGCCAUCCGCAAGAAGAAUGAAGGUGAAAACUGGCUCGGGAUGGCGUCCCAUGUGGAUGCAGUAACCUCCAAGGUGCAGAGAGCUGCGACCAUGAAGGGGGUGACCAAGAAUAUGGCACAGGUGACCAAAGCUCUGGACAGGGCGCUGAGUGCCAUGGAUCUCCAGAAGGUGUCUGCGGUGAUGGACAGGUUUGAGCAGCAGGUGCAGAGCCUGGAUGAGCACACAUGGGUAACAGAGGAUUCCAGGGGCUCUGCCACCACUCUGACCACACCUCAGGAGCAGGUCGACAGCCUCAUUGUGCAGAUUGCUGAGGAAAAUGGCCUGGGGGUCUUAGACCAGCUCAGCCAGCUUCCAGAGGGUGCCUCUGCUGUGGGCGAGAGCUCUGUGCGCAGCAGCCCGGAGGACCAGCUGUCUCGGAGGCUGGCUGCCCUGAGGAAUUAG